AUGAGCGGUUCAGUGUCUCGGUCUGUGGCCCUGAGGCUACUAUAUUUGCUACUACUCUGCGUCGCAAAUGGCGCUGAUUAUCGGCUGGAUGGUAGCGUCGUUCCUUCAUACUAUAACCUGAUCAUUGGCGUUUUGAGAGACUCUGCCGAGCCCACUCUGUUCGAUGGCGAAGUUAGCAUUACAAUGCGUGUGGUUUCCCCGCUGGCGGUGCCACAAAUCAUUUUACAUGCCGAUACGCUAAACAUAUCGGAAUGCUGGCUGCUGGAGGAGACAGGCGCACAGAUGGAGGUCAUCGAUAUCAGUCGACUGGUUUAUGAGGCCGCUACCCAGCAGGUAACAGUACCGUUGACGCAGGCUUUGCAAUCCGGAAAGAAUUAUACCCUUGGGUUCAAGUACACCGGGCACAUACGGACAGACAUGGCUGGACUCUUCUCCGCCAGCUAUGUGGAGCAGGAUACCAAUGUUACCAAAUGGCUGGCCGUUACCCAGAUGCAGCGCAUCAAUGCCCGUUUGGUUCUGCCCUGCUUCGAUGAGCCGGCCAUGAAGGCCAAGUUCCAGUUGCAGGUUGUCCGUCCCAAUGGUUAUCAGUCGAUUGCCAACACAAAGCUCAAAGAAACCACUCCAGCAAGCCAGGAUCGUUUUGUCGAUCACUUCGAGGAGACACCAGUUAUGUCCACAUAUCUACUGGCUUUCAUGGUGGCCAAUUAUUCUGCCCGUGGAAAUGUGAGUGAGUUGGCUGUGCUAACUCGACCGGAGUUCUACAACAAUACGGAGUUCAGCUAUCAUGUGGGUCAGCAGGUGGUAUCAGCCUAUGAUGAGUUAUUCAAACUUCCAUAUGCAGAGCUGGGUAACGAGGUGCUACAAUAUGCCAGUUCUCCUAGGUUUCCGCACAAUGGCAUGGAGAACUGGGGCCUCAUCAUCUACAGUGAUGCCGUCCUCGUUCAGGAAGCUGGCUAUUCCGACGAUUGGUCGGAUAAAGAGUUCGCCAUAAGGAUCAUUGCCCACGAGACGUCACACAUGUGGUUCGGUGAUAGUGUAACUUUCUCCUGGUGGAGUUACUUCUGGCUAAAUGAGGCCUUUGCCCGCUACUACGAGUACUUUAUGGCACACCAGCUCUAUCCGGAGUAUCACUUGGACGAACAGUUUGUGGUGCGUCAAAUGCAACUGAUCUUUGGUACAGAUUCCCGGAACAGCACUCAACCCAUGACCAGUCCGGAAACGGAGAUACAAACUCCGUCGGAGAUUGCUUACAAGUUCAGCGGGAUUGCCUAUGCCAAAGGAGCCUGCAUUGUAAGGAUGUGGCGAAAUCUUAUGGGACCAGAAAACUUUGAUAGGGCUCUUAGGAAUUAUUUAAAGCAAUACCACUUGACCAACACUGUUCCUAGUAAUUUAUUUGAUCAUCUCAAAGAGAACUGGCCAUCAAAUCAGGAAGUAAAUCUGACACAGUUUUUCGAGGAUUACACAGAGCAGGUUGGUUAUCCCUUGCUAAUUGUGAGACAUUGGGCUGGAAAAUACCCACUAGUCACUGUAGAGCAGGAGCGAUUCCUGCUCAAUAUCCACGAUGGCAGUAAUCGGCACCUGAAGUACACUGUGCCUAUAACUUAUGCCAGUAGUUUGUCACCCAAUUUCUAUAACCUUACGCCAAGUGAAUAUCUUAACAAGACCGAUGACAAGGUGCAGAUACUUUUUGACGAUCAAAUUGAUUGGAUUUUGCUAAACCUAAGGCAGUCGAACUACCAACGGGUGUAUUAUGAUCGAAAAUUAAGGAAUGGUCUUCUGUCAGCUUUAUCUGCAUCGAAUCACAGUGGAAUACCUGUUGAGAACCGAGCUCAACUUAUUGAUGAUAUGUUCAGUCUUGCUGAAAUUUCGUAUGUGGACUAUUACGAGGUCUUUCAAUUCCUAGAGUAUAUGAGUAAGGAGGUGGACUACGUGGCUUGGUAUGCCGUCUAUGAGAACAUGAACCUGGUGGCAAAGCGAUUGACACCAGAACAGCUGCCCCACUUCCGUAGAUAUCUUUCCGAUAUCACAAAGUCUGUAUUCGAGAAGCUAGGAGUAGAUUGGAGUUCUCAGGAUACUCCGCUAGAUGUGGCCAAUCGAAAAAAGUUGGUCCAAUGGCUAUGCCGAUACCAGGCCAGUAAGUGCAGGAACAAGGUGAAUGUCCAGUUUGUGACAUCUUCAGAGCAACCAUCGCCGGACUAUCGGGAAACCUUCUACUGUGCAGCCAGUAGCAGCGACUUUAAUUCAUAUACUCUAGUGUGGGGCAAGUACUUCUUUGAAACUCGUCCCAGCGAGAGGCAGUUGCUCUGGCUAGCUGCCAGCUGUACGAGCGACUAUGAAACCCAUUACUACAAGAUGAUCAUCGAUGGUCCAGAAACUGUGGAACUUAAAAAGAAGGCUAUAGCCCGGAUGUAUGAAGAGAAUCCUGAGCUAGUCCAGCCCAUUUUUGAAAUGGUAACAGCAAACAUCACAAUACUGGCUUUAGAUCUUAAUAGUUGGUCGGAAACGGCAGAGGUAAUCAGUGAUAUGGCAGAGUACUUCACCACACGGGAGCAGCAGCAGUUGUUUGAGGAAUUCUAUAGAAACAAUCACCAACUCUUCGGUGAAUCGGCGGCGGCAGUCCUUUCCAAAUCCUUGGAAUCUGUUGAUGAAAAUAUAAGCUGGGCCGAUUCGCAUUUGUUCGCUUUAGGUAAUUAUCUGAUCAACAGAAAUGGCAGCUCCGGAUUCCAUGGAGGAACUUUCAUGGUGGUGGUUCUAUUGGCUUUGGCCAGUCUGUUGGCCUGGCUCUGAUUAGUUAAUAAGUUGUGGGGAAAUAAAGAGAGAUUGCCGUGGUCAUGCGCUGCGGGAGAAAUGCC